AUGGCGCCCUCGAGAGCUGUCUUCACCGCCGCAUCCAGAACGGCCGUCACAGCUCUCCGCACUCACCCUCCAUCAACACCAAUCCAACGGCGCUGCAUCUCUUCAUUCGGAUACGAACAGGCAAAAUGCCUCGUCCUACCCAACUUCGGAGAGCCAAAAGAUGUCCUGCGUUUGCACGGCCAUAGCAUCUCUCCGCCGACUGGCGACCUGCUCACGCUUCGAUUCAUAGCCUCACCCAUCAACCCAGCCGACAUCAACCAGAUCCAAGGCGUUUACCCCACCAAACCCACCUUCAUAACAUCCUUGAGCACGCCAGAACCGAUCGCUGUGGGAGGCAAUGAAGGUGUUGCAGAAGUCAUCGCGAAAGGAGGCAAUGUGAAAGGUCUGGAGAAGGGUGAUUGGGUCAUCAUGAGGAAGCAAGGAUUCGGGACAUGGCGCACGCAUGCACAGUGCAAAGCGGAGGAAGUGGUCAAGAUUGAGGAUAAGAGCGGGCUACGACCAGAACAGGUGGGCACAGUCUCAGUCAAUCCAUGUACGGCAUAUCGCAUGCUUCGUGACUUCGUGGAGUUGAAGCCGGGACAGGACUGGUUCAUGCAGAAUGGAGCGAACUCUGGCGUUGGGAGAGCAGCGAUUCAACUGGGCAAGCUGUGGGGCUACAAGAGCAUAAACGUUGUGAGGAAACGAGAGAGUGGACAUGAACAGCUCGUCCAAGACCUCAAAAGCCUGGGUGCCGACGUUGUUGUCACAGACGAAGAACUGAACAGCAAAGACUUCCGUGACAAGAUCAAGGAACUCACAAACGGCGGCAGGGAACAGAUCCGCCUUGGUCUCAACUGCGUAGGCGGUCCUCUCGUCAACAACAUGGCCAAGCAUCUCUCGCCCGGCUCUCCAAUGGUGACAUACGGGGCCAUGUCGAAACAGCCCGUCAAUCUUCCCAUGGGCCUUCUGAUAUUCAAGAACAUCAAUUUCCACGGCUUCUGGGUAAGCCGAUGGAGCGAUCAGAACCCUCAGCAGAAGGAGGAUUGCGUCCGCGAAAUUCUGGACCUCACCAGACAGGGCAAAUUCCAGGAUAUCCCGAUGGACCCGGUUACCUGGGAGCAUACGACGAAGCAGGAGGAGCUGGUGAAUGCUGUACAGGGUGCUUUGGAGGGGUUUAGGAGCGGGAAAGGAAUCUUUCUGUUCAAGAAUACAUGA